UUAUGGUUCGUGAACUGGGUCGAUUAUGUCAUGGCGGGUUAGAUGUUUUCGGCGCUUGUAUUUAUUGAAUUUAUUUUGAAUAACGCCGUCAAUGAUCUCGUUUCCUACGCUUUUGUUUAAAAGUUGCGGUAUCUGUACUCUAGUGAUCAUUUUAUAAACCUUUCAAAUGUUGAAACAAUUGCAGAUGGGCCUACGCACGUUCAUGCUUAUCGCAUCCAAAGUAUGGAGUUGUUUUUGUUAUAUGUUUAGAAAGCAGUAUCGAGCGUUGGCUCAGUAUCAAUCUGUCAAAUAUGAAAUUUAUCCUCUUUCACCAGUAUCUCGACACAGGCUGAGUUUAGUCAAAAGGAAAAUGCUUGUGUUAGAUCUUGAUGAAACACUAAUACAUUCACAUCAUGAUGCAAUGCUGCGGCCGACGGUUAAACCCGGGACUCCCCCUGACUUUGUGCUUAAAGUCACCAUAGACAAGCAUCCAGUCAGAUUCUUUGUUCAUAAAAGGCCGCAUGUCGACUACUUUUUAGAUAUAGUGUCUCAAUGGUAUGAGCUGGUGGUGUUUACAGCAUCAAUGGAGAUAUAUGGUGCGGCGGUGGCAGACAAACUAGACAACGGACGGGGAAUACUGCGGCGACGGUUUUACAGACAACACUGCACGCCGGAGCACGGCUCCUACACAAAGAACUUGUCGUCAAUAUGUGACGACCUAAACAGGGUGUUCAUACUGGACAACUCACCGGGUGCUUAUCGGGACUUUCCAGAUAAUGCGAUACCAAUAAAGUCGUGGUUCUCGGACCCGCUGGACGUGGCGCUGCUGAACCUGCUGCCGGUGCUGGACGCGCUGCGCUUCACGCACGACGUGCGCUCCGUGCUCUCGCGCAACCUGCACCUCAACCGCCUCUGGUAUCCGCAGAUAUAAACCGGCUUUUGUACAAAUUGUGGCGCAGCGACAGCGCCGGAACUUAUUUAUUUUGUCACUUGUUAGGACCCCAGCUUCUAUUCAAAUAUACAUAUAGAGAUAACGUAGAUAAAAGGGUUUAAAAGUUUUGUUUUUUAUAUAUAAAAUGUGAUUAGAUUACAUAGAGUAUGUAGCCUACUGGAGUAGAGGGACUUUGUGGUAACGAGUGACUGCGUCUCUUUCAUCGCCGAUGAGUGAGAUAGACGUAUAUGUUGUGUUUCAAACUCGUGAGGUAAUCAAGAUGGCGACCGGGAAAUGUCAAGUCAUAUUUUCCCGCGUAAUUAACUGACGUUUGUAAAUGUUUAAAUUAGUAUAGUUAAUUAUUGUUAAUUUGAGUAACAUUUUUGUGUGAAUCCACUGCCCGUUUAAUUUGGUAUUUAAAAUUAUGUUUGAUGUAACUGAAGCAGAUUUUUUUUUAUUUUUUAAAAUAACCUUUUUUUUAUUAAAUUUUAAGUGAUUUACAAUUGGUUUUAUACCUAUUAUUUUUGUAAUGAUUCAAUAACAAAAGGGUUUUUUCUUUUUUUUUUUUCAAGGUAAAGUAUCAAGUGCAAAUUGGUAGAUGAAAUAAAUUUUCGCUUUGUUCUAUAAAAAUUAUUUUCUUUGGAUUUCACUAAAUUGAAAUAAAACGGGAACUGUAAAGUUUUGUCAUGUUUAUGGUGGUUUAAAAAAUGGACAAUAUGAAAAAAAAACUCGAACCUUCAAUUUUCAUAUUUACUUAUCAGGCAUUUGUAUACCAACACUGCCAAGUAAAACCACUAAAGACAAAAAA